AACAAUACAAACAUACCAGCGUACAGCAUUCUUAAAUGCCCUAAAACUGCAACCUCAAGGUGUUGCCUUAUAUCGUACCACAAAACAACGCCACCGUCGAACGCCACUACCGAACCACCACUGCCAAGGUUUAAACUUCCCUUGGCUUCAGAUCGACACUUUCACUCACUCUGACAAAAGUAUUUUAGGUUUUGAGCUUUGCUUUCCAAUUUCGCUAUGACUCUGCUCGAAGUGAUAGAAAAGGCUGCGGCCAAUUCGGAGCCACUUGCUUCGCAAUCGGAGUACCCGAUUGUUCUCAAUCCAGAUGAUGUUUUGCUCAACUUGAGGCCCAAACUUGAAGACCCAAAUCCUGUUUUGCUCGUCAACCCCGUUGUGGGUUGGCAAAUCUCGCAGACCGAUUCUGAAGUCAUUGAAUUGGGCAAGAAAUUCUUUUCAAAGUUAAAGCGGAAGCUAAAGAACCCAAAUGAUUUUGAUAAGGCUGAGUUUAUUCUAACUUUGAAUCAGUUUCUUGAGAAAAUCAGGGACAAAUUUGGAGUUUCCAUUGGGAUUGAUUCGUCGGAUAAUGGGUAUACUCAAGUGUUGAUUGAGAAGCUAGGGUCUUUGAUGGGAAAGGAUGUUGCUGGUUUGGUUUUGGACGCGUCUGUGGUUUUGGAGACUUGGGAAUUGGUUGAGGCUUUGAUUGUUAAUGGGCUUGUUGAGCAUUCUUGUUAUUUGAAUUUGGUUAAUAGAAUUGUGGCAAAGAAGAGGUCAGACUUGAUUUGUGUUUGUAUUAAGCAUGCUUCGGAUCUUGGGGCAUCUGAAUUACUUGCCAUUUUGAAGUAUUUUCUUUGUCCUCCAAAAGAGGCUUAUAGUAGCAUGGUGAAUGUGAGGAAGGAAUGGGAGAAGCAGGCUUUGUCAGCAAUUGAGAAGGCAAGUGAUAAGAGUCUCACAGGGAAGAAAGCGUGUUGGGCAAAGGACGCUUCAAUUUUGCUUAUGAUGGCGUACGAUGGGUUCUCUGCUCCUGAGCUUUGUUUGCACUACUUGCUGGCCUCAUCAAAUGUUGAUGCCGUGACACUAUCGUCCUCAAUCAAUAAGUUGAGUGGCAGGGAGUUGGUGAAAUUGAUUCAGUAUUUAGGGAAGUGGUUGAAGAAGUAUGAGAGGUUUCCUCAAGCAGUUCCAUGUUCCGAACCGUCAUCUAAGUUAGGUUUGAAGGCCUGCAGUUGGGUUCCUAAGCUUGAAGAUGUCAUCAACUGUCUUGGGUUGGUGCUGGAUGAAAAGUUUUCUUCGCUGGUGUUGCAUCCGGAGUUUCAUCAAGAGCUGAGAUCAAUGGAGGGAAUGGUUAAUUCUUUAGCCUCAGAAGCCAGACUAUGUUGUUUGAUGGCCAAUGUAGUUGAGAAGCUGAAAGUUGAAGUUUGAAGCGCACAGAACUAGAAGCUCUCACUAAAAUCAAUGCUCCUGUUAUUGCAUUUGCAGAAUUAGACCUGGUCUAUUCUGUCAGUAAUUUGUGUUUUUCUUUUCUCCUCCUGUGGGGAUGUUGCUUUGUUAGGUUUAAUCUAGAUGGCAGUCUAAUGCUGAGUUCUGAUUUAUACAAAUGAGAGGAAUCUUAGACAAGGUCUUAAUUUUGGCCCGGAAAAUGCAGUUUUUAUUUUUGUUU